AGAGUAUUGCAAAGACCUCGACUUGUCGGAUAACAACACCGAGUUCCUGGAAAACUUUAUUGCCCUCAUGGAAAAGGUGACCCCAGACUCCAAGCAGUGCGACAACUUCCUCCUGCACAACCUGAUCCUGGACACGGGCAUCACACAGCAGCUGGUGGAGCGGGUCUGGAAGGACCAGGACCUCAACACGUACAGCCUCUUGGCUGUCUUCGCAGCCACCGACGGAGGCAUCACCCGCGUCUUCCCUAACAAGGCUGCAGACGACUGGGAGGAGGAACCAGAGCCCUUCAAUGCCAGCUUCUACCGGAGGAGCCUGGACAACAAAGGCUACAUCUUCAAGCCACCCUACCAGGAUGCCAGCUACCGGGCGCUGGACCUGGAAAACAACACCAUUGGGAUCUUGGUGAGCACUGCUGUGGAGCUCAGCAUCGGGGGCAAGACGCUGAAGCCAGCAGUGGUGGGGGUGAAGCUGGACCUGGAGGCCUGGGCUGAGAAGUUCAAAGUGUUGGCAAGCAACCGGACAGACCGCGACCAGCUGGGUGCCCACCGGUGUGACCCCUCGACCAGCUGUGAGAUGGACUGUGAGGCCAACAACAAGGACCUCAUCUGUGUCCUCAUUGAUGAUGGGGGCUUCCUGGUGCUCUCCAACCAGGAGGACCACUGGUACCAGGUGGGCAAGUUCUUCAGCGAGGUGGAUGCCAACCUGAUGUCUGCCCUUUACAACAACUCCUUCUACGCCCGCAAGGAGUCCUACGAUUUCCAGUCCGUCUGCGCCCCUGAGGCCCAGAGCAACACGGGCGCUGCGCCCCGCGGCGUCUUCGUGCCCACCGUGGCCGAUCUCCUGAACCUCGCCUGGUGGACCUCAGCUGCAGCCUGGUCCCUCUUCCAGCAGUUCCUGUAUGGCCUCACCUACAGCAGCUGGUUCCAGACAGAGGAGGUGGCAGGGGACGGCGUGGAGGCCAGGGAGACGAGCUGCAUCAUGAAGCAGACGCAGUACUACUUCAGCACCGUCAACGCCACCUACAACGCCAUCAUCGGCUGCCAUGUUGUCCCCAGGCUCUUCCAUGCGCAGAGGCUGGCCAACACCAACCUGCUCUUUGUGGUGGCUGACAAGCCCCUCUGCAGCCAGUGCGAGUCCGUCAAGCUGCUGCAGGCGGAGGUAAGAGGUAUCCUUUGGGACCCCAACCAGUGUGAGCUGGUGGACAGACCCCGCUACCGGAAAGGCCCCCACAUCUGCUUCGACUACAAUGCAACA